CUGGAGUUUAAAAUAGACAAACGGACGUAUUGUAUACCAAGAGAACCUGUCCUCGGUAGCCUCCAAACCACAGGUAGAGACCAGAGAAUAAAGACUCCACUUAGUGAUGUCAUCAAGUUGAACGUACUGGAGCUGUUCCAUUGCCAGUGAAUGGUAGACUGAGGCCCGGUUUUUGGAUGCACAACAUGUUCCAGUCCUACUCUGGCCCACACACCCAGUGGAUGAUCAGUCAGAUAGAUGGACAGGAGAUGUGGACUUCUGGAUCACAGGCACACAGCUGGCCUCAGCUCCGCCCGGCGAGGCCCAGUAUCAGGCGUCCGCCCCGGUCUCAGUGCCCCUACGCUGGAGCCUACAACAGAAUGAAGCCCCCUGUUUGGCAUCAGACCCAAAACACAUGGAUGGUACAGAACCACCUGGAGAACUCCAAGUUCCACCUCCACCAGACGCAGAGUCAGCAGGUCAAGCAGUACCUGACGCUGGGCUCGAAGCUGGCCUCCUCGGCCGGGCCGGGCCACGCCGUGCCACAUCCUCACGCCCCCGGCCAGCCGCUGGCUGCUGUGCCAAUCAUGAGGAACGGACACAUGUCUUCGGUCAGCGACGGCAGCAACCCCAACAGCCCGGUCACCCUGCUCACUCUGGCCAAUCACGACAGCGAGUUUCCAAUGGAUGAAGUUAUUGAUGACCUAAUUAGUCUUGAAUCCGGUUUCAAUGAUGGAGGCUUGGAUUGCAUGGAGCCUAACAUCAUAAUGCAAAACAAUGUGUCCCUCAGUAGCAGCAUGCUGGACGUCUAUGGGGGUGAACAAGGUAUGAAUGCACCUAAUGGCGGAAUGAGUCCCACCUCUAACCCCACAAAGCUCACUGUAAAAAGGGAAUACACAGAACAUGACACCCGAGUGAUGGCCAAAGAAAGGCAGAAAAAAGACAACCAUAAUUUGAUUGAAAGAAGGCGAAGAUACAACAUCAACUACAGGAUCAAGGAGUUGGGGACACUCAUACCAAAGUCAAAUGACCCCGACAUGCGCUGGAACAAAGGCACGAUCCUGAAGGCCUCGGUGGAGUACAUCAAGUGGCUGCAGAAGGAGCAGCAGCACGCCCGGGAGCUGGAGAGCCGUCAGAAGAAACUGGAGCAAGCCAACCGGAGACUGCUGCUGAGGAUCCAGGAGCUUGAGAUCCAGGCACGAGCUCAUGGCCUCCCCAACAUGGCCACAGCCUUAGGGACGGUUGAACUGUCCUCCCACCUCCUCAAGCAGCAGCAGCAGCAGCAGCAGCAGCAACAACAACAGCAGCAGCAGCAGCAGCAGCCUCCUCAGGCUCAGCAGCCGCAGCAGCCGCCUCUGUACCAAGAGGACCUCAACAGUGACUACCUUCAGAGAACAGCUGCGGUGGCAGCCAUGCCAUCCAUUCCUGCUGCUGGCGGGCCACAGGAUCACGUUGUCGGCGCCGACGGCUCCACCACGUUCUCCGACCCGCUGUCCCACUUCACGGACUUCUUCAGUGCCACACUCAAGGAGGAGCACCGGCUGGAUGAGAUUCUGAUGGACGACCCGCUCUCACCGUUUGGCACUGACCCACUCCUGUCGGCCGGCUCGCCUGGAGCUGCCUCCAAGGACAGUAGCCGCAGGAGCAGCUUCAGCUCUGCCGAGGGUGAUGACCUAUGAUGGGUGACCCCUUUGACAGCUCGCUCUUGUUGUCUCUUUAUGACAACUCUUUUGUAGUCGCCAGUGUUAAAGGGCAUACAUAGAGCUGUUGAGACACUGACAGCUCUGGGCAUAGACUCAUGAACACUGCCACGGUUGCAAGAUUUUGUUUUAGUCGACCGCUGACACACCUGACAGCCCUGAAAGUGCCAACUGUAAAUAAACUACGUAGUUGUUGUUGGUCAGGUGGUCGUCAGAGCUUGACUGGCCCAAAAGCUUGUUUUCCACAUAGCUCCCCAGGACCAGAGCAUGUGUUGGGGGUGACCAGAGCCAGCCCACAGGGCUCCUGCUCAUUCUAACUUUGGUAAAGAGAGUAACUAAGUUCCUCUGCCUCCCGGACAGAGCACGAGCGGAAACAGACUCAUCAGAAAAAGGGAGACGUUUAUCGGUCCAUAAGUAAACUGAAAUAAAUGACAAUGUCUACUGUGGUUUGAUUAACACUGUGGUAGCUAUACACUGUAAGAUGAAAUAAUCACUGAAAACCUGCCAAAAAUGUCCUUUUUGAAAGGUGAAGACGCUAUUGCUUAAAAAAGGAUUUUUAAAACUUUGCGGUCAGGAUUGUGGCUGUGUGAUGUGCCUUAUUCAAACCUGGUUACUCUCAGUUUUGUCU